AUGGCCGAAGAGCAAGUGCCCACCGGAGCUUUGCAUACAACAGCAGCUAUCGGAAAGUCUGGAUUCGAGAAAGAUAUGAUGAGACCAGGUAUCGACAAGGCAUAUAUCGUUCUCGGCCUUGAAGAACUUGGAAUUGUCGGAAGGAGACGAGCGGUGGAAGAGGGUGGUCAUUGCUGGUUCUGUAAUGCCAGGGGAGGUUGUGGGGAGUGUGGUGCACAGGAGAUAAAGCCUGAGGAAGAACAAUCAAAUCGCCCACAUCGAGAAGAGACACCGAGCAAGAAGAGGAAUCGCGAGCUACGACCAGAGAAAGACCGACCAAGCUAUAAGAGAGUCAAGGCAGAAAGAUCAGAAGGUCAACCAUCGACACCAAAUUCCAUGUAUUCGACCCCUAGAGCACCCAUGUCAAACCUUGGUUAUUCACCUUCUGCGCCCUCAACACGCGCCCUCGCGUAUCCAGACCCUACAAAUUCUUUGAAUUGGAAUCCUCACAAGUAUCCCGAUAGUCCCUAUGGGCUAGACUCCAAAUUCGGUGCAAGCUCCUCUCUCCGAGGAUGUCCACCACAGAACUAUCACUCACCUCUUCGCCAACAAGCUAACUUCAAUAUGCCUGCUCCAGGUCCUUUGCAUGCUGGCCCAACUUCUCAGAAUUGGUCUGCCUUAUCCUAUGAUGCAUUCUCAGGACAACAACUAGCUGGUAACAUGCCUUACAACGCAUUUACGGGACAAGCGCCAAGUGGUCAUAUGUCAUACAACACCGGUGCCGGACUAUCAAGGGAGCAGCCAAGUGGAACCAUGCAAGCAAUCAUAGAUCCCAGUCUACUACAUCCCAACACCAAGCCAGAAACAAUUCCUAUUCCUGGCCCAAACUCCUAUACACAAGAACCAAUCAAUGAUAACUUCCCAUUGCUGUCAGGCCGACUACGAGGAGAUUGA